UUUAAACAUAUUGAUACUAUCACAAAAGUUAAUUAUGUGUUUAUGCUACAUUUAGCAGACAUGUUAAACGUCACUAUGAACUUUUCUUUCGUUGGUACCUGGGGUUAUUUAAGUAAUAAUUCACAGUGGACUGGGAUGAUUGGAGAGUUGACAAGAAAACAUGCGGAUAUUGGAGGUACGCCGCUGUUUUUCACUAGUGAUAGAGUGCCUAUCAUUGAUUACAUAGCAAUGACGACGCCUACAAAGUCAAAGUUUGUCUUUCGACAGCCGAAACUUUCGUAUAUCACCAAUGUUUACACUUUGCCGUUUAACACGGGGGUGUGGUUGGCUAGUAUGGCAAGUGUGGUGAUUACAGCAGCCGGGUUGUAUGUGGGAGUUAAGUGGGAAUGGUACAAACGCAGAAAAUACGUUGCAUAUACAAAUGUCUCAAACACAGAUGAACUCCAAGAUGAUCCUGUGGACGUUGCUUUCGUAGCUUUUGCUGCAGUUUGUCAACAAGGUGCAAGUGCAAUUCCCUUCAGCAUAACCGGACGCAUUAUUACCAUUUUAAUGUACACGUCUUUAAUGUUUCUGUAUACUUCAUAUUCUGCUAAUAUUGUUGCCCUCUUACAAUCGUCGUCUACAUCAAUUCAAACCUUAGAGGAUUUGCUUAAAAGUCGUCUGCAGGUUGGAGUUGAUGACACUGUAUUCAACCAAUUUUAUUUUCCGAAUGCUUCUGAACCUGUAAGAAGAGCAAUAUAUCGCCAGAAAGUGGUACCACCUGGUCAGAAACCAAGAUUUUUCCCAAUUGAAGAAGGAGUUCGCAGAUUGAGAGAAGGAUUGUUUGCUUUUCAUAUGGAAACAGGAGCCGGGUAUAAAAUAGUGGGCGAAACUUUGGAAGAUGAAAAGUGUGGUUUGAAAGAGAUACAGUUCCUGCAGUUUAAGGAAAAUGCAUGAAAGUGGUAUUCAAAACCGUGAGGUCUCAUUGCUCUACACCAAACGACCAAUAUGUAUGUCCCGUGGUAGUUCGUUUAUGGGUGUCGCCAUCGUGGAUUGUUAUCCUGCUGCGUUGGUCUUUGUCGUUGGCAUUAUA